AUGGCCUCAACACCAACACCUCCAAGACACGUGCGAGUUGCAGUGACACAGUUUGAACCUGUUUGGCUCGACUUACAAAAAACCGUUGACAAAACUUGCGUUCUCAUCAAAGAGGCAUCUGCCAAUGGUGCACAGCUGGUCUCAUUCCCCGAAUGUUGGAUUCCUGGGUAUCCUUCAUGGAUAUGGGCUCGAAGCGUCGAUUUCGAUCUCUCCACUACCUAUAUCAAAAAUUCACUGCGUGUCGAUUCACCCGAAAUGAAGCGCAUCUGCACAGCGGCAAAGGAAUCCAAUAUAUCAGUCGUAUUAGGCUUUAGCGAGAACUUCAACCACAGUCUUUACAUCUCUCAAGCAAUCAUCGACCAAGAGGGUGUUAUACAAAUAUCGCGUCGAAAGCUCAAGCCUACACAUAUGGAAAGAACCGUAUUUGGCGAAGCAUCCGGUUCAUCGUUAAAGAACGUCGUUGAGCUUCCGGGUCUGGGCCGUGUAGGCGUUUUGGCUUGUUGGGAACAUACAUUACCUCUACUUAAAUAUCAUACUUAUAAUCAGAAUGAAAGUAUUCACGUGGCGCAAUUACCACCUAUCCCCGAGUAUACGGGGGGACAGGUUCUUUGGUCUAUGUUCAGAGAUGGGAGUCGAGCUCUCUCGCAGUCUUAUGCUAUAGAAUCGCAAUCAUUUGUUCUGCAUACUACCGCAGUUUUAAGUCAGGAAGGUAUCGACAAGAUGAAAACAGGAGAAGGUCUGGUACAUAAUGUACCAGGUGGAGGUACAUCUGCUAUUUUCGGACCCGAUGGGAGGAAAUUGUCUGAAGAUUUGCCGGAAACGGUAGAGGGUUUUAUCUAUGCGGAUCUGGAUCUGGAUGAUAUCAUUAAGUGUAAGGGUUUCUUGGAUCUUUGUGGUCAUUAUAGUCGGCCGGAUUUGUUGUGGUUAGGUGUGGAUGAUAGGGAGAGGGUUCCGGUUGGUGGUCCGACGACUUAG